CAUUCGACUAUCUCUACCGAAAAAAUCACUAUAUAAUUUCUACUGGGACUUCUAUGAUGUCUGUGGUACUCAGUAGUGUACAGUUACAUUAUCGAAGCUUUGUGGUAUUUUUGUAUCCCAUUUGAUUUAACGGUAAUAUUCCAUUAACCUUAUGAUAUGGAUUUAAAGUUUUGCCUUGAAAUGUGAUUUGGGAGUGCGUAAUUCCUUCUCCUUUUCUUCAAAAACUGCAUUCAUAGCUCUCACAAUGCGGACCAAAACAACAUCCUAUUAGUUAGUGUCCGGUACCGUUACGCGUUUGGAUACAGCACAGUGUAUAGUUACAUCAGAUCCUGUGUGUGCAUGUAAAUGGCCAUGCCGUAGCAGCUCCACGCUACUUUUUUUAUUCCCAGGACGCAGAAUAAUACUAAAUCCUCCUCUAGUAGGAAAGGCUGUGAUCAUAAUAAAGACGUCACCCCUCUGCUCGGGCUGUCUCAGCCAAGCCAAGUGCGCAGCUAUUUAAUUGUAGGCUACAACAACAACAACCUCUAGCACCAUGCUCCUGGACAACGUAGGGAUUUUUCUUAGAUCCCCUCGCCUUGUGGAGACGAUAUCUGCGUCAGAUCCAUAGCAAAGACACAGCGUUUUAAUUGCACUGGAUCUCUCUGAUAGAAAAGAGGGGGGACUUCAUCGCGUUGCGGGCUCUAGUCGCAACAAAUAGGACGCAAGACACGGGGAUUUGAAGAGCCAUGGACGAAACAGAAGCUCCAGCUCCGGCCACCGGUCCUGUCCCGCCAACCACAAGAUCUCAGCCGUCCUCCUAUACGGCGUCUCGCAGCCUGCUGGAGUGGAGGAGAAGGGUCAAGUCAGAGUACAUGCGCCUUCGCCAAUUAAAACGCCUUAAAAAAGCUGAGCAGGUCAAGGCCCUGUUCAUGUCCAACAGGCAAAAGAUUGAGCAACAGACAGAUAUCCUGAACGCAGAUUGGUCCAAGCUCAGGAUUCAGUCUAUCCCUCUAUCUACUUCAAGUGGAGCUCUGUCCAGCAAGAAGAUGUGCGCGGUGGAGUUCGGCUUCCCAGCGUUCAAAGCUCAGGCCAUCGCCAUGCGGCCACUCUCAACAGUCGCAGGGAUCCCCUUCAUGUACUCCUGGUCACCUCUGCAGCACAAUUUCAUGGUGGAGGAUGAGACGUUCCUCCACAACAUCCCAUACAUGGGCGACGAGGUGCUGGAACAGGACGAGGCCUUCCUGGAGGAGCUCAUCGACAACUACGACGGCGUCCACGGAGACAGAGAGGGGGGGUUUAUCAACGAUGAGAUCUUUAAAGAGCUGGUGGAGGCCCUGAGCCAGUACUCUGACCAGGAGGAAGAGGAGGAGGAGGAGGAGGAAGCAGUGGCGGAGGAGGAGGUGGAGAAGAAAGAGGAGGAGAGAGCAAUGAGGCGGAGCUCAGUGGAGGGCUCAGAGGACACCAAAGCAGGCACCGUGGCCUUCCUGAAGAGAAAGAGGAGGAGUAUUACCGAAGCGAAGGAUCUUUCCAGCAGCAAGAAGAUCCCGCACGAUAAGAUAUUUACGGCCAUCGCCUCGAUGUUCCCCUACAAGGGCACCAUGGAGGAGCUGAAGGAAAAGUAUAAGGAUCUCCUGGAGCCCCCCAGCCCAGUGAAGCUGCCUCCCCUCUGCACGCCCAACAUGGACGGGCCCUUCGCCAAGUCCGUGCAGCGGGAGCAGUCUCUGCACUCCUUCCACACGCUCUUCUGCAGACGUUGCUUCAAAUACGAUUGCUUCCUCCACCCUUUCCACGCUACACCCAAUGUUUACAAGAGGAAGAGCAAGGAGAUCCGCAUGGAGACUGAGCCGUGUGGUCUGGACUGCUUCCUGUUACAGAAAGGGGCGAAGGAGUUUGUGGAUCAGAAUAUGUUGCGUUCCCAGAGGUCUCGGCGGCGGCGGAGACAACAGCGCCCGCCCAGCUCCAGCUGUGCCGGACCGUCCGCUGGUUCUGCUGAGGAGGGCAAGGAGGGCGACAGCGACCGCGAAACCACCUCCUCCUCAGAAGGAAACUCCCGGUGCCAGUCUCCCAUCAAGCUGCGUCCAGGGGAGGAGGAGCGCGAGCAGCAGGAAGGGUGUGUGGUCCAGUGGAGCGGGGCGGAGGAGUCGCUGUUCAGGGUCCUGCACGGCACCUACUACAACAACUUCUGCUCCAUCGCUCGCCUCAUCGGUACCAAGAACUGUAAACAGGUGUAUGAGUUUGCAGUGAAAGAGGUCCUGAUACAUCGUGUUCCUUUGGAGGAUGGAGGGAUCUCUCCACAGAAGAAGAAGAGGAAACACAGGUUAUGGGCAAAGAUUCAGCUAAAGAAAGAUAACUCGUCCAAUCAGGUGUACAACUACCAGCCAUGUGACCACCCCGACCACCCAUGUGACAGCUCCUGCCCAUGUGUGAUGACCCAGAAUUUCUGUGAGAAGUUCUGCCAGUGUGAGCACGAGUGCCAGAACCGCUUCCCAGGCUGCCGGUGUAAGACACAGUGUAACACCAAGCAGUGUCCUUGCUACCUGGCCGUGAGGGAGUGUGACCCAGAUCUGUGCAUGACCUGCGGCGCGGCGGACCACUGGGACAGCAAGGUGGUCUCCUGCAAGAACUGCAGCAUCCAGAGGGGCCUGAAAAAGCACCUCCUCUUGGCGCCCUCAGAUGUCGCCGGCUGGGGCACCUUCAUCAAAGAGCCUGUUCAGAAGAAUGAGUUCAUCUCGGAGUACUGCGGAGAGCUGAUCUCCCAGGAUGAAGCUGAUCGUCGUGGCAGGAUCUAUGACAAAUACAUGUCCAGCUUCCUUUUCAACUUGAACAAUGAUUUUGUCGUGGACGCCACACGAAAGGGGAACAAAAUCCGAUUCGCAAAUCAUUCGGUUAACCCCAACUGCUACGCAAAAGUGGUGAUGGUGAACGGAGACCACCGCAUUGGGAUCUUUGCCAAACGCGCUAUCCUGCAGGGAGAGGAGCUCUUCUUUGACUACAGAUACAGCCAAGCCGACGCCCUCAAAUAUGUGGGGAUAGAGAGGGAGGUAGACGUGACUUUUCAUAACCCGUCCUGAUCGAGCGCCACCCGCUAACGCUUCUGCCCCUCCCUACAGCGUCACAUCUGGCCGAUGGGUUUCUAUGAACAGUCACUGACUUGGCCCUCUCUGCUGCACUUCCAAACAUAUUAAAGCCCCUCCCUGCUGGUAGCGUGUACUCCUGCUCUGCGAACAUUGUAUCACCUCCCUCAGAGGCAACAUUUCCCCUUACCGUCUGCUCUCUCUCACCCACCUCUCCAAACCCACCCACCUUGCAAGUCUGUGUACGCCGAGCUUGUGAAACUUAACAAUUUAGAAUGGCAAUAAUACCUACUAUUAAUCAUUAUGGCUUACCGCGCCACGGGCAUCACACCAGGCUUUCCGUUCCAUCUUGUCAAAGCAAAAAGGGUUGUGAUUACCUAUCAUACCGUGUUACUCUCUCAGUGGUUUUGUUACUGUACUUAUAGCCGGGCUUUUGUUUGACCUCUCAAUGCAUAACGCAAGCUUUUACAUUGUACCUAAUGAUGAACAGUGAAAUACAGUGCAUGUGCUGUCUCUUGGAUAAACAAACCAUUAACACAUGUUAGCCGGAGCAUUAGCUUCAGUCAAAUGCCGCUCUGUGGAGUCACUCAGUAUCGUAGUGUGAUGUUACCCUCUGACUGUCCCUCAGAAGAACUAGCCCAGGUUCUGUGGGUCAAUACGCUUCUCUGUGAGCCUUUUCUGUGGCUAGCAUCACCACCACCACAUCUCUAUGGUGAAAAAAAAAAAAAUGUUAGUGUGCAUUUAUAAUAAUGUUCUGCAAAAAUAGGCAACCGGAUGAGAAACCGACUGACUGAAUGUAAACUGUGGUUGGUGGUAGAGAGAUCUCAUUCCUCUUUUUCAUUUCACAUGCUAACAUUGAAGCGAUGCACAUCUAACAUCUAACAUCAAGUUUACAUGAUCUUGAAGUCAAAUAGACACACACACACACACACACACACACACACACACACACACACACAUACAUAAUUAAUGAUUUAACCAGUCACACAUUAAUAGUCUUCCUUAAAAAAAUCAUGUAAGUGCCAAAUGAUUCCACAGCGGCAAAGCUUGAUACAGUGUGGAUGAGUUGCAUAAUUAACAGAGCUGUGUGAACGGUAACCACUGUAAGGUUAUGAUCACAGGAGAUGCAAAAUGACAAGUAUUUGACCAAAUAUGAAAGUGCCCCACAUAUGAAUGUAAGACAUCAUUCAUCGUCUGAUCAGUUUUCUUUGCUCACUGCGUAAAGAUCUGCUGUUCACCCAGAUUUGCGUUAAUCACAACAUUACAGCCCACUUUCACAUGAGAUCUUUCUCAACAGAGAUGAGUGAAACAACAUGGAAUUUACUGCUAUGUACAGUGUAUGCCUAUAAAAAUAAACUUUAACUUUAUACAUUA